UUCCACGGCUAGACUGACAUAGCUCACUGGAAAUCUGACAAUGCAGUGGAAUACACAUUUUCUCUGUGUUGCAGCGUGGUUGGGUUUGCUCUACUUUGCUCAGAUUUGUCCCUCCACUCAGAAGCAUCCAAAGUGUGGGCAUGACAGACGCUCUCCGAUCCAACAGAAGAGACACAGCAUGAAAAAGUUUUGUGAUCCUUCCUUCAGCAACCAGACAGCAGGUGCUAUCACUCAGAAGUGCAGCUCCGGUUUUUACAGAGAGCGGGACAGGCCACUCAGGGGUCAGUGUGUGCCAUGUAGCUGCAACGGACUCUCCAAUGAGUGUGACGAGCAUACGGGGAACUGUGUGAAUUGUCAGUUCAACUCUACCGGGGACCGCUGUGAGAGGUGUAAGGAGGGUUACCAUGGAAAUGCAGCCAACAGGACCUGCCUUGCCUGUCCUUGUCCAUCCACGCAGAACAAUUUUGCAUUGGCCUGCAUGGAUGUCGGCUCAGGGGUGGUUGAAUGUUUGUGUAAACGCGGUUACAGUGGAGCCACAUGUGAGAGAUGUGCGCUUGGUUACUAUGGAAAUCCAAUGGUACACGGAGACACCUGCAAACCCUGCAACUGUAAGAACAGCAGCUUGAACUUUUGUGAUGCUCAAACCGGAGAGUGUGUCACAGCUGGAAACAGCAGCUGUGGCGAUCACUGCCAUGAAUGUGACAGCUGUGAUCUUGCUUUGCUGGUUGACUUAGAGAAGAUGGGCGACAGCUUGGUUUGGGUGAAGCAGCAGCUGCAGAACAUCAGUCGUGGUCCAGCGUCAAUCUCCAGGCUGAACAAGCUGAACGCCAGCGUUUCUGAAAUCAAUACUCCAGAUGGGAGGUAUGGCAAUGCCGUAAGACAAAUGGAUCCAAAGGUUGAGGAACUGGAAGCACCUGUCGAUGUUGUCAGAUAUAACUUGGGGCAACUGACUGAUGAGAGUUUUGACACUGCAUCACAUCUGGAGAAGGUCAUUCAAUUUGUGACUGAAACAAAGCUAAAAGCUAACAACCUUCUCACCGAAGCUGAAGAUCUCGUCUUAGCAAGUCAAGAUUUGAUGAGGCAGCUAAGCGAGGUGAAACCUGUAGAUUCAGUCUCUCUUUCUGAAAAUCAGAAAAGCAGGAUGGUGGAGGAGGCUCAGCCCAUCCUGCAGGAAAUGAGAGAGAGAGGCUGCACUGUUCACAGGGAUAAAGCUGGCGGUGAGCUGCAGGAAGCACAUAAAUUGCUGGACUUUAUCAAGAACAACAUGACAGCUCCAGGAGAGAACAGCCAGGCUGACUCUCUGACGUCCUCACACUCUUCUCUGAGGGAUGUGACUGGGCUGCUGUCAAAUGCAGAGGACGCAGUCGACAGGACACAUGGUCUCAACCUGAAGAGUAGUACAACCCUACAACAGCUACAGCGUGAUCAAGCUCAGCUACAGAGAGAUCAAAGCACACUCCUUCUUGCCUCUGAAAUGACUGGGGAUUUGCUGAAGAACAUUACUGACAUAUUUCCAAUGCUUGCACAAAGGAAAGAAGAAUUGGAGAAUCGUGCAGCUCAGAUGGACGGUGCCCAGAUGGAAGUCUUUAAAAAGUUAAACAGCAUCUUUCAAAUUACGACAAAGGUGGAUAGCGUCACCAGGGCUGAGGAGCAUGCAGAGGAGCUCAACGGAGUAGCAAUAGAAUUACAACAAGUGCUUCAUGAUGCUUUCGACAGCACUGAGCUGUUCUCAAGAACAGAACCAUGUAAGGCUGUCGAAACAGCAGAGACGGACGCUAAUAAGUCCAGAGAGGCUGCUGAUCAAGCUGCAACGACCGUGAAGGAGAGAGAUCUCACCGUCUGGGCCAAACUGCUGAAGGAUAACUCGACUCAUUUGUGGACACAAGCCAACAACGCUCAGAGCCAACUCAGAACACUUUCACACACGGUGGACGCCCUGGAAGAUCACGUGAAUAAGAGAAAGGAAAAAGGAGCCACACUGAGAGUUAAUAUUUCAACGGUUAGCGACAACAUCAAAAAGAUCAAAAGAGAUGACACAAAGGUCCUGAUAGAGUCUGUGAAAACAGCUGCCUCUGCUGCUAACUCCACGGUCAGCAAUAUAAAAGAAAGAUUGAGGUAUAUCAGCCUGGAAGUGGAAGGGAUUACAUCAACCAAUGUCAGUGUGAUUAAAGACAAUAUGUUGACUGACACUGACCAGGCUUUGAAGAGCUUUAACGGAGCACUUCCUGAUUUGAUUGUCAAGCUUGUGCGAGUCGAGGCUCUCGGUCGGAAGACGUCUCCCAGCGCUAACAUGACAGAAAGCAUCAGGAGAAUCAAGGACAUUAUUGAGGAGACCAGAAACUUUGUUAACAGGCUCUCUCUUGCCACCACUUUCAAUGGAAAGGGUCACGUCGAGCUUCAUCCUCCAGAAAACCUCGAGGACAUAAAAGCAUUUACAGCUGUCGAUCUGCUUCUUAAUCGCCAUCCCAGCCACCCCUCAAAGGCCGAUCGCAGACGAAAGCGACGCCAGGACAGACACAGAGAUGCCAACUUCUUUGUUUUCUACCUUGGUAACAAGGAUGCUUCUGGAGAUUACGUUGGGAUGGCAAUUAGGAGAGCGAUGCUGAUUUGUGUCUAUAAGUUGGGUGGAGUCGUUCAUGAGGUGGAAACCAGCCAAAUAACAGUCACCAGCAUUAACUCCGCCAACUUUGACAGGGUUAUCUUUCAUAGAGUUUACCAAGACGUUGAAGUUAACAUUACACAGAACUUCACGUCAGAGCAGCCGGUCAGCCUCCCCCCCACACUUAACCUUCCCGACACAACGACCGGCGUGCUCGACCUUCACCCAGGCAGUGUCGUUUUCUACGUGGGCGGCUAUCCUGAGGACUUUACUCCUCCGGUGGAGCUGCGUUUCCCUAAAUACAGAGGAGCCAUGAAACUUUCUUUUGUCAACGACAACCCCGUCUGCCUUUUCAACUACAAGCAUGCCGUCAACAUGGAGGCAAAGCAGCCCGCUGCUAAGAUUCCCCGGACAGAGGUGUCUGAUUAUUACGAGGGAACGGGUUACCGCAUGGUGUUCAUAAAGAAGCCAGACAUGAAAAGGAGGCUGCUGUUCAAGUUUCACACACGCAGCCAAGAAACAAAUGCCUUGUUAUUCUACAUUGGGGAUGAAGACUCUUUUUUCUGUGUGUUUGUGGAGAGAGGCCUCCUGGUGCUUCAAGGACAACAAGCAGGUGAAGAGCUCAGGGUUCAAAGUGCUGAAAGAGUCUCUCUAAUGGACAAACAGAUUGCAGUCCGUAUUGCCGACAAAUUUACUGUGCACUGUGGACGAACACAGAUCUCCACAAACUACAUUAAAACAAACUACAGGAGCUAUUACAUUGGAGGUCUGCCAGUACAUCUAAGACAGAGACACAACAUCACAGCGCCACCUCUCAGAGGAUGUGUGGAUCACUUGAAUGAAGAUGCCCAGGCCGCUGAGUACAACAAGACGAUUGGUGUCAGUGAUGGAUGUCCAGCCUCCUUACUGGGCGUUCGAACAGCAACACUGUAUUCAGCAUUGUCCAUGGACUCCCUGUUUGCCGGGGAUGAAGGUCCCCUCAGGGUCUCUCUGGGCUUCAGGAGCACGGACAGCCAAGGUAUUCUUCUCAAGAGCGGCUCUCAGGGCUCCGCCUCGGUCCGUGACCUCCAGCUGUCCCUGGAUGAUGGUUUUGUAGUGUUUAAUAGUUAUAAUUACAUCCUGAAGUCAGAUAAAAGGUACAGUGAUGGUGCCUGGCACUACAUUUCUGCAGCUGCGAGGUCAACAGGGUUGGAGCUAAGCAUUGAUAACAUAAAUGUAAUUCAAAGACAAUCACCAGAGGUCAAGCUUCGAGGAGGAAAAUUCAAGGGCUGCAUUGCUAACCUGUAUGCAAGGAGACCCGGGCAGAGCUUUAUACCCACUGAUCUCAGCUCAUUAUCGCAAAUGGGAGAGAGUGUCCUCGGUCAGUGCAGUCUGCACCCCCCACAUCACACUGAGCUUUCAACAAAACCUCCUCUGAAAAGGCCCCAGACACACCAACCUAUUCAGGCUCCAGCAGGCAGUCCGUGUAGACACCAAGGAAACCGGGAUGAGUACCAGCUCUUCGAGGCACACAGCUGGCUCAGUUACAGGCUGCCGCAACAGGACCUCAAUCACAGGCCUCACUUCUCUCUUGACCUCAAGACCAAUUCGUCCAAAGGGCUGAUCCUCCAUGUAGCAGGGAGAGGAGUCGUACCCGUGCUGGCUCUGUACAUGGCCAACGGCAAGAUCAAGAUGUCACUGGGGCAAAACAGAAUCAUCCAGCACAAGCAGAAGAGCAACGACUGGAACUGGCACAGAGUUGAGUUCAGCGUGGAGUUCGGCACUUUUCAUUUGCUGGUUGAUGGUUUUCGUGUGAGUGACGGUCACUUACCCAACAAGGAGGGGGCGUCUUUAGACCUGCACAAGCCUGUGUAUCUGGGAGGUGACCCACAACGCAGAACCACUAAAGGCCACGACAUUCCCACGAACAGUGUUCUCGGCUGUAUGCGGGAUUUCAGAAUGAAUGAGGUUGCCAUUGGUGCACCUGAGGCCAGCCACAAAACCCUGCCCUGUCUCGACGGGCUCACAGAGACGGGGACGUACUUUGGUGGAGGUCACAUUGUCUUAGAUAACUAUUUCACUGUUGGCCCUCACUUUGUGUUGACCUUUGAGCUGCGCCCUCGGUACCUGACGGGUCUCCUCUUCCACGUUCAAAGUGACAAUAAAAGCCUGAACGUGUUCUUAAUGGAAAACAAGGUCGGUGUCAAAGUGAACGAUGGUAAUGGUGUUGUCAGUGUUUCUGUGGCUCCUCGUAAAAGCCUCUGUGAUGGAAAAUUCCAUGUGGUUACAGUUUCCAAGCAGCGCAAAGUGCUAAAACUAGAGGUGGACUCAGUGUCCAGGCAAAAAGAAGGCCCCGUCACGUCCACACCUCCCUCUGCAGCGCUGGAGUCACUUUACAUCGGAGGGAUGACAAAUAAAAACCGAGCCCCCGUGUCCUCGCCGUUCGUGGGCUGCUUGCGAAAUGUGAAGCUUGAUGAAAGGUCUGUUUCAUUUGAGGCAGAGUCCAGGGUGGUCGGCCCUGUGAGCAUCGCUGGAUGUCCUGCACGUUAAUAAUAGUGAAGUGAUUGCUCAAAUUCUGCUUAAUAACUUUGGCUUGCCAGUCAAAAUAAAUAGGCUGCAGUCAGUCUAAAUUUUGAAACAGUGGGAAAUUGAUUUCAGACUGUGGUAGAUUAAAUGUUUCUUUCUCCCUUGAUUAUAGCUGAUUAUUGUGGACUGGAAGGAAAAGUGUUGGAGCAAGCUAGUUUCAUGGAUCUUUCUUUCUUUUCUUUUUUUUUAUUCUGACAUGACCCUUUUCAACAGUGUAACAUUUUCAAAAGGAACUCGUGGUUGCAACAUGAAAAGUAAUUCCAGAUUCCAGAAACAACUGAAAACCAAACUGGGUAACUCGGUUCCAAGGUUAGAAGGAAAACACCAUCUGACUAAAUUGUAUAUAUAAUGUCAUUUUCACAAAUACAGGGGUCAUGUUCCAACUAAAUGAGGGGUCGUGAUUUGUUUCACACAGUGCCGCUUUUUAUGUGUUAUAGUGGUGAUGGUGGAAGCAAACACACACACACAUACACACACACACACACACACAGACUGUGUUUUUCUCUCCAUUUGUGUUUAUGUCAUUGCACCAGAGAAUAAUUUAGAAAUACCGCUAAAAAAUGUAUUUAGAGUAGAACGUAUAAAUAUAUUUAUGUUUUAAAAACGUAAUAGAUUACUUUAAUAGUAAUAGUUCUAUAUGAGUUUCAAAUAAAUGAGAAAUAAUUCAUGAAUAAAGAUAACUGUGUACAAUUAUUACUAAUGUGUAUUAGCUUGAAAUCUUGAAAUGAGUUUUAUACAGAGAUUAGUAUUCAUUCAUUCAUUCAUUCAUUCAUUCAUUUUGCUUGUCACAACUUAAAAUUAACAUUUGGAGGAUGGACUUUCUCAGGAGAUUCUCCUUUUGAUGACUUCAUGCUGCAUACUUAUAUACACUCACCAGCCACUUUAUUAGGUACACCUUGCUAGUAAAAGGUUGGACCCCCUUUUUGCCUUAAGAACUGCCUUAAUUCUUUGUGGCGUACUUUC